AUGCCACGCCGCUGGUGGAUCACACACCAAGUGGCUCCGCUGGUAUGCCUCAUGCUUGUGUUCCUCUCAUCGGCGAGGCCUGGCCGCGUGGCAAGCCCCGGGGUUGGUGGUUCGAUGGAGGUCGCUCCAGAACGGCGGAAACGGCGGAAACGAUGGACGCCCCAAACUCCCGACGAGCGCUUGAUGUGGGCUUUGGGCUGCGAGCUUUGGCUCGCCGGCCGCGACGUGGCCUUGGCCUCACGCAGCGUCCUCCGCGGCGAAAUCGGCGCCACCGCGGCGCCCGCGGCGCCCGCCCCGCGCGGCGGCACGAGGUCUCACCUGCCGACAGUCCUGCAGGAAGGAGGCAGCGCCUUGCAGGAGGCUGGUGCAGCCUUUCUGGACGCACGCUGGAGCUCUGCCAUGGUGCAGCUGGAACGAGUAGCCCAGACCAGCCAGGAGUAUUGGCCCAGCAGAGGCUUCGACGACCUCAUUGCCUUGGUCUUCGCCACGUCGUUGCGGCGCGGAUCCGUCAGCCCAGCGCGGUCGCCAGCGGACUCCUUAGAACAUCUGGCACAAGGCUUGGAUGUGGCGAUCGAAGACAUUGACCACAACUGCCAGAUUCAGUAUCCACAUCGCGAACGUGCAGAGGUCCUGCUGAUCUCCGCGGCUGAGACCUUGAGAGACGCCAUGGCACUCUUCGAUCCAGACCUCGGCAGUGACUUCUUUCUUCCAAAGGAUCCACGUGCGGUAGGUGCCCACGUGCAUGAUGACGAUGAAGACUUCCGUGAGGACGAUGAGCUGGGCAGCGUGAGCGAUCAACUGGAGUAUGUCUCUGGAGAUAUGGUGGCGACCCUGCGCAUCCGCGAUAUUCAGAAGGAACUCAUGCGAGCAGACCACUGCGAGGAGUCCCAUGGGCGAAAGAAGCUCCUCAUGCGACUGGUUCGAGAGAAUCAUCCUGAUCAAAACCCUGGACGAGAAGAAGAAGUGCGGCCCGUGUUCGAAUACUGCUUGCGGAUGCUGCGUUUGUGCAAGGAUGCGUAA